UUUUUUCAAGAUUUUAAGGUGGCUACGAAUCCCUUCUCUCUCUCUCCCUUCGCAUCGCCUACAAACGCAACCCCCCUGCAAUCCUAAGCAGAUCCCUGCCAUUGGUACUGGUCGGUCCGCCUAUAAAUACUCUUUCCGCCUCCAAAUUUCCUUAUUUAUCUGAGCAAAGAUCGGAAAAGGCGAAAAAGUGAGGUGAUCCAUAGGCGGCGGCAGCGAGAUGAAGCACCUGUUGGAGUUGGAGAAGGGGCGAGAGGCCGUCGACGGCCGCCCUUCUGUCGGACCAGUUUACCGCAGUGCCUUCGCUAAAGACGGGUUCCCUCCGCCCGUCCCUGGCGUAGACUCCUGCUGGGACAUCUUCCGCUUGUCUGCUGAGAAAUUUCCUGGGAGGAACAUGCUUGGGCAUCGAACGGUCGUGGAUGGGAAGGCAGGUAAAUAUGUUUGGAAGACUUAUAAGGAGGUGUAUGACACUGUGAUUAAAGUCGGGGCUUCCAUCAGGAGUUGCGGGAUCGAGCAGGGUGGCCGUUGUGGUAUCUAUGGUGCUAACUGCUCUGAGUGGGUUAUUAGUAUGGAGGCUUGUAAUGCUCAUGGGAUUUACUGUGUUCCUUUGUAUGAUACACUUGGUGCUGGUGCUGUAGAGUUCAUUUUAUGCCAUGCCGAGGUUCAGAUUGCUUUCAUAGAAGAGAAAAAGAUUCCAGAGGUGUUGAAAACUCUACAUGUUUCAUCUAAAUUUUUGAAGACACUUGUCAGCUUUGGUAAGGUCACCUCUGAUCAAAGAGAAGUGGUUGAAAAGUUUGGUUUGGCAAUAUUUGAGUGGGACGAGUUCUUACUCUUGGGACAUGAUAAACAAUUUGAUCUUCCUACUAAGAAGAAAGAUGAUGUGUGUACAAUUAUGUACACCAGUGGUACGACUGGUGAUCCCAAGGGUGUGCUUAUCUCCAACAAGAGCAUCAUUAGUCUUAUAUCUGGCGUAGAUCUAUUUCUUCUUUGUGUUAAUGAGCAGUUAACUGAAGAUGAUAUUUAUAUAUCAUAUCUUCCACUUGCACAUAUCUUUGAUCGGGUGAUUGAAGAGAUGUUCAUUUACCGAGGGGCUUCAAUAGGAUUUUGGCGUGGGGAUGUCAAAUUGUUGGUUGAAGACCUUGGGGAAUUAAAGCCAACAAUCUUCUGCGCUGUUCCUCGUGUGCUUGAACGCAUUUUUACAGGGCUGCAGACCAAGAUUUCUACGGGAGGAAUGCUGAAGCAAACAUUAUUUAACCUCUCUUAUAAAUACAAACUUCAUAAUAUGGAAAGAGGAAGUAAGCAUGAAGAGGCAGCUAAAAUUUGUGAUAGAUUUGUGUUUAACAAGGUAAAAGAUGGGCUUGGUGGAAAGGUACGACUCAUCUUAUCUGGAGCAGCUCCUCUAGCCACCCAUGUCGAACAAUUUCUAAGAGUGGUGACAUGUGCUCAUGUUUUACAAGGAUACGGUCUUACUGAGACGUGCGCUGGGACAUUUGCAUCAUUGCCUAAUGACCUUUCAAUGCUUGGGACAGUGGGUCCACCUGUCCCAAAUGUUGAUGUGCGUUUGGAGUCUGUUCCUGAGAUGAAUUAUGACGCUCUUUCAGAAGUUCCGCGUGGAGAAAUAUGCAUCAGAGGAGAUACAUUAUUUGCUGGCUACCACAAAAGAGAAGACCUCACAGAAGAGGUUAUGGUAGAUGGAUGGUUUCACACAGGUGACAUUGGUGAGUGGCAGCCAAAUGGAAGUAUGAAAAUUAUUGACCGAAAGAAGAACAUUUUUAAACUUUCACAGGGAGAAUAUGUUGCAGUUGAAAAUUUGGAGAACAUUUAUGGCCUUGUUCCUGAUAUUGAUUCGAUAUGGAUAUACGGAAAUAGUUUUGAGUCUACCCUUGUUGCUAUAGUUAACCCCAAUAUGCAAGCUCUUGAACAUUGGGCUCAAACAAAUGGUAUCAGUGGGGAUUUUGCCUCACUCUGUCAAAAUCAAAAGGCAAAAGAGUACAUUUUGGGUGAACUAGCAAAGAUUGGAAAAGAAAAGAAGUUGAAAGGCUUUGAGUUUAUCAAAGCUGUUCACCUCGAUCCAGUUCCGUUUGAUAUCGAACGUGAUCUGCUUACCCCAACAUACAAGAAGAAGAGGCCACAACUACAAAAGUAUUAUAAGAGUGUCAUUGAUGAUUUAUACAAAAGCCUGAAAUGAAGCAGUUGACGUUCAAGAUACCACUUUAUUCAUAAGCGUGUGCUUCAGGAAGAUUAUUAAAAUCCUGUUCGUUCAAUAGAAAUUGAUAAUUUUAUAACAGUGAUGCAGUUGUUGUUAGAUUUAUGUACUCAUGGAUUAUAAUGUAUAUCCACUCAUAUUUACCUUUA